ACAUGUCAUCUGAUAACUUUAAAACGGAUUCACAAAGUAUCGUUUAGUGGAAUUUAACAUGUUCUCACAAUGUAACGAGCUAUUAAUAGAAACAUGUUUAACUCAUAAAGACAUUGAUAUUAUAUUCAACGAUAUUUCGUCACAACAGCUAAAGUUUAAACAAGGAAUAUUUUUCAGUUUAAACAAAAGUAGGAUUUUGUUUGGACACUUGCCAAAUUUAACUUCAAAUCUUUUGUACGCAAUUCAUAAAAAUGGAACGUGUUUAUCUGGGCAUGCCAAGCAAACACUUGUCAGUUUGUUUCGGGAAAGGCGAAAUGUUUUGAUAAUUUCAGUUUUUGGUGAAUGCAUGCUUGUAUCAAAGAACGACAUAUUGGAAGUAUUAUGGAACAAAAUAAGAAGAGAACUUAUUAACGGUAACAUUAUCAAACGCUGGAUCGGCAGGGACGUAUUUAUGACGUUAUUUGUUGUUGACAACAGUUGCUACGAAGAAGAAUUAGAUAACAUAGAAUUAAAAUCGACUCGUAUAACAACUGGAACAGGAUACAGUAAAAGGGAACCAAGAAACAAAAACGUGUACAACAAUAACAAAAAGAAGAGAGAACAUGUUUCAACAACAAGACCAAUCGAUCCGCGUCAGAUUCAUACAACGACAGUUGUCGAUGCAACAGUUGUCGAUUCAGCGCUUGUUGCUUAUCCAUUGCACAGACAACAUUUCAACAAACCUAAAUACAACGAGACCAAUGAGGAAAAGUUUCCAACUCAAGUUACGGAAAUUGAUUCAGGGCAACCUUCUUUUGAGUCAAAAUUUUUACCCAGGUUUGCUAACGACAGUUCUAAUGGUCAAGUUAAUUCAUCUGCAGUAUCAACAGCUUCUGACGAAAGACAUAAAAGAACCGACUUAACAUUAGUAACAUCAAGCUCACGGAUACCUUUGUCUCUUAAACCUCCGCGGUAUCCAGAUUUUACAGAUCAACAAUGUAGGUUGUUGUCGUUUAAUUCUUCAAGUUGGGCAGGGGACAGCAAACCUGAUAAAUCUUCUUUAGUAGCUUGCGGGUUUUUCUACACAGGAAACCAAGAUUUAGUUAGAUGUUUUCAGUGUGGGAUAGGACUAAAAGAUUGGACUAAAGAAGAUGAUCCAAUGAAUGAACAUAUUCAACAUUCGACGUCUUGUAGUUUCUUAGUGCAAAAGUUUGGGAAGCACGAACUAGAUCAAAUGAAGCGGGCACUUGUUCGAGGAAUUUCAGACAACAAUAUAGAUGCCGUUUCUACAAACCCUUCACCAUUACAAUACCCGAUCAGAUCGCCUCGCUAUCAAACAAUGGAAGCAAGAAUUGCGUCAUUCCAGAAUUUUCCUAAACAGAUCAGUAUAUCUCAUCAGAACCUUGCUGUGGCAGGACUGUUUUAUACUGGCCAAGGAGAUCUUUGUCGUUGUUUUACAUGCGAUGGCGGGUUAAAGGACUGGAGUUCUGGAGACGAUCCCAUCAAAGAGCAUGCCACAUAUUUUCCAAAUUGCUCAUACAUUAUAAAGUUGAAAGGACAAGAAUAUGUUCGUUUGCAACAACAAGGGCGCACAGAUAAUCAACAGAGGGGUGCUGAAGGUGGUAACAAUAUAUCGACGAAUCCGAUACAGACACUACCAACGUCAUUUGAAAAUAUGUCAGUGCUUGACACAAAUCCAGAAUAUUCAAGUUUCAACGUUAGUCAAGUUGUACAGAAGCUUGGGUAUGCGGAGAUCGAUGUUAUAACUGCAAAAGCUGAGUUAGAGAGGAGAGGCAACAAGUUUCCAACAGCAGAAGACGUUGUCAAUACUAUUCUUGAUUUACAAGAGAGUGCGUCGGGUUCUCAAAACACACCUCAAUCCGCAGAAAAUGGAAACGAUGUAAAUGCAAUGGUGGAGGAAAACGAGAAAUUGAACCGUUUGGUCAAUUGUAUGCUUUGCGUACCUGGGGAGGCAAACAUUUUAUUUCUGCCGUGUACGCAUCAUCGUGUUUGUCAGGACUGCUCUAAGGAUAUUACCUAUUGCCCUGUCUGUGGUAUGUUUGUCAAACAAAAGGUCAAAACCUUUCGAGCAUGAAUAAAACAAAAAAAGAAAAAAUAUUAAACUUCUAUAUCUUUAAAAGCUUUAUACAUACAUAUCAAUAAAUAAAGAUAACAUUUUGUCACAGUCUACGUUGGAACAAAGUGGUCUACAUGAAAAUUUGUCAGUUGUGGACGUAUUUAAUGAUAAUAAUGAGAAUAAGUAACGAUUUAACAAACAACAACAACAACAACAACAAAAACAAAGCAAAAAGAAAAAAAAGCUGAAAUACGACUUUGUGCAGACUUUGAAUAAGUGUUAUUUGGAAAAUUCAACAUGGAUCAACAUACAUGUACGUCUUCAACUAAACAUCUUGUUGAAAUAAUGGUACAAGGAAGGGACUAUGUCCACUAGAUACCUUUUGCAGCUGAAUUAGCUACCUGAAUGGGCGUGUUUUACGCUGUCCAAAGGGGUUGCUACUUUAGCUGCGGGAGGAUUGUCAACAAAAAACAGACACUGUGACUACAAGAACGACUUCCAACGUAUAAGCAAUAGGAUACUUAUUGUUUCAGAUGUUCAUUUAUUAUAAUUUUUGUCGAGAUAUAAUUUAAUUCAUGUUUAAAUAAUACAUACAGUUUUCAACUCCACUUAAAAAGUGGAGAUAUUGUCAUUACCCUCUCAUCGGAAUUAGUGUUAGUAAACAUUUUCGUUUGUAUUAAAAACUAUAAAAGUUA